AGGUUAGUGUCAAAGAUCGAAUUUUUAUCCUCUUAAUAUGAGUUCGGUAUGUCAUAGCAUUACAAUUAACGCAAUUUUGGCAUAAAUAACAUUAUAAAAUUCAACGAAUAAAGGAUUUAAACCAAUUCAUAAAAUUAAAGGAAAUAAUCAUCAAAAUCAUCAUUACCAUCAUUAUCGUCAUAAUCAUCAACAUAAUCAGCGCCAUAUCAAUAAUAGUAAUAAUAAUCGAAAACAUCAACAACAUCAACACUCUAAAAAUCAUAAUAAUAUUAUUUCACUGCCAACAACAAAAAAAUCAAAUGAAAGAAAACAUUCAUCAUCUUCAUCAAAUAAUGCCGACAUUACAUCAAUUGAUGAUACAAUGAAUUUAUUGAAAUCGAUUGAUAACGAUACUGAAUCAAUAAAUAGUAAAGUAACAACACCAUCUUGUACAGCAUCAAUAACAACAACAUCAUCAUCGACAACAACAACAGCAACAACAACAGAAUCAUCAGAUACUGAUAUACCACCUCCAACUAUAACAACAAGUUCUAUAUUAGCAGCAACAGCUUUAACAACUGCCACAUUAUCCGCAACAAACGGAUUUAAUAAAUCAUUUUCUAUUAUUAAUACAAAUAUUAAUAACAAUAAUAAUAAUAAUAAUAGUAAUAAUAACAAUAAUAUUAAUUUAAAUACAUUAAAUAAUAAUAAUAUUAUUAAAACAAAAAAAUUAAAUACAAAUAAUAUAAAAAUAAAUAUUAAUAAUAAAUUUAAUACAAUAGGUAGAACAAAUUAUAAUUGUAAAGAGGAAAGUGAUCAUUUAACACAACUUUUAUUACAACCACGUUUAUCAUUAAAUGGUAAUUGUUCACCACCAAUUAUUAAUAGUACAACAGCAACAUUAAUUAAAAAACCAAUACCAAAAAAAAUUUUAACAACUGGUGCUAAUAAUUUAACAACAACAACAACAACAACAUUAAUAAAUACAAGUGGUAUUGGUUUUAAACAUUUAGAACCACCACCAAUUAGUUUACUUGGUGGUCAUCAUAAUGAUCGUAAUUUAUCUAGUUCAUUUCAACCAAUUAUUACAAGAACAUCAACAACAAAAAAAACAAAUAGUACAGAUGAAAUUCAUGGCAUUGCAACAACUGAAUUAUUAAUGAGAUCAAAUAAUUGUCAAAAUGAAAAUGUUGUUUUAAAUGUUGAUAAUUUAAGAAGAUUUUCAGCUGCAAGUGCAUGUAGUGGUCAAACUGGUAGUGGUGGUCAAAAAUUUAACGAUAUCGUAGGCCCUAAAUUUGGUAUGUCGCGACCUCAGUUUGGUCAAAGCGUUUCACAACAAGGUUUCUUUUCAUCGCAUGAUAGUUUAACAGCACCAUGUGUCCAAUCACGUGCCUCACAUCCACAUGUUUCGGUAACAGCAUCCGAAAUGGAUUUAUCAAGAAAACAACGUCGAAAAGAACGUAGUAAUCGUUUAAAACCGACAACAUCUGGUGAACAACCGUUAUUAGGUGGUUCAUGGAAUCGAUCUGGUGUUGUAAGAGGCUCACAAGAUAAUACAUUAAAUACAACACAUUCAAAUAAUUAUUUAAGUGGUGGUGCCAGCUGUAACGGUACCGAUAGACUGAGUCGACGUACUGGUGGUGGUGGUGGUGGUGGUGCUGGUGGAGCCAGUGGUGGUGGUACAAGUGGUGGUUGCCAACAAGGAACAAAUACUAGUAGAGUACAUACGGCACGUAAUAGUGCCAGUAGUUCAGCAACAAUUACACCAAAACUAUCAUUUGUAUUUGAUCCGGCCGGCCGAUUACAUUAUUAUUGGUCAAUGGUCGUUAGUUUAGCAUUUUUAUAUAAUUUUUGGGUUAUAAUAUAUCGUUUUGCAUUUCAAGAAAUUAAUGGUCAUACAAUAAUUGUAUGGUUUUGUUUAGAUUAUUUUUCGGAUUUCUUAUAUCUAAUUGAUAUAUUAUUUCAUUUUCGUACUGGUUAUUUAGAAGAUGGUGUAUUACAAACAGAUUCAACAAAAUUACGUCAACAUUAUAUGAAUUCAACAACAUUUUAUAUUGAUUGUUUAUGUUUAUUACCAUUAGAUUUUUUAUAUUUAUCAAUUGGUUUUAACUCAAUAUUAAGAUCAUUUCGAUUAGUUAAAAUAUAUCGUUUUUGGGCAUUUAUGGAUCGUACUGAACGUCAUACAAAUUAUCCAAAUUUAUUUCGUUCAACAUCUUUAAUACAUUAUUUACUUGUGAUAUUUCAUUGGAAUGGAUGUUUAUAUCAUAUUAUACAUAAAAAUAAUGGUUUCGGUUCUAGGAAUUGGGUUUAUCAUGAUUCAGAAUCGGCCGAUGUAGUUAAACAAUAUUUACAAAGUUUUUAUUGGUGUACAUUAGCUUUAACAACAAUUGGUGAUUUACCAAAGCCAAGAUCAAAAGGUGAAUAUGUAUUUGUGAUAUUGCAACUACUAUUUGGUUUAUUAUUAUUUGCAACAGUAUUAGGACAUGUUGCAAAUAUUGUAACAUCGGUUAGUGCAGCAAGAAAAGAAUUUCAAGCAAAACUUGACGGUGUUAAAACAUAUAUGAGAAUGCGACGAGUACCAAAUCACCUUCAAGUAAAAGUAAUUAAAUGGUUUGAUUAUUUGUGGUUAACACAAAAAUGCUCUGACGAAGAACGAGCUGUAUCCUGUCUUCCUGAUAAAUUAAAGGCUGAAAUAGCUAUUAACGUCCAUUUAGAUACACUUAAAAGAGUUGAAAUAUUUCAAAAUACUGAAGCUGGUUUCCUUUGUGAAUUGGUAUUACGAUUGAGACCAGUUUUAUUUUCACCUGGUGAUUAUAUUUGUCGUAAAGGUGAAGUUGGAAAAGAAAUGUAUAUUGUAAAUCGUGGACGAUUACAGGUUGUUGCAGAUAAUGGUAAAACAGUAAUGGCAUCAUUAAAAGCAGGUUCCUAUUUUGGAGAAAUUAGUAUACUCAACAUGGGAACAGCAGGUAAAGAACUUGGAAAUCGUCGAACAGCAAGCGUUCGCUCAGUUGGUUACAGUGAUUUAUUUGUUUUGAGUAAAAAGGAUAUGUGGGAUGUUCUCAAAGAAUAUCCAACAGCAAGAGUACGUUUAGAAUCAAUUGCUGUUAAACGUUUAGAAAAAUAUAAAAAAGCACCAUUAGAAAAAAUAACAUAUUUUAAUCCAGUUGCAAUGGGACGUUGUCAAUCAACACCUGGUUUAGUUGAAAGUGAAGGCCGUACAACCCUUGAAGAUAUGUGGUUACCACCACCAUCAUCAGCACCUCCAAUAGCUUAUAAUCAAACAUUAAAUUACAGUCGAGCACCUAGUCCUAGAUCACAGCACACUAUAAUUACUGAACGUCCACCAAGGACAUCUGAAUCGCCAGGCUCUAUGAGUCCAAGUGUACAUAGUUCACAAGAUGAACGACCAAGAAGUCGUGCAACAUCACAUCAAUCAAGGCCACAAUCUCAACCAUGUCGAGGUCAAAUUUGUGGUUCAAUAUCACAUAUUGAAUCAUGUGGUGGAGGUGCAACACCAUUACUUGGCUCCCAUGAAGCUUUAGAAGAUGAAAUAAAACGUUUACGUGAACGCCUCCAUACAGUUGAAUCUGAAAAUCAAGCAUUAAAUACAAAAUUAUCACAACAACAAUGGGAAUUAGAAAAUCGUUUAGCUGAAAUUGAAAUGCAAAUAUGUGGUGCAUCAUCAGCAUCAUCAAUUGAUCCAGAAAAUGAUACAGAAGAAUUGGAAAGAAAUCGUGAAAGUAUCAUAUAACACGGAAAAGAGCUGCCCUUUAUAUAUUAUUAUAAAACGUUUGACAUAUUAAAUAAUAAAAUUAACAACAAUAAUGAUAAUGACAAUUCAUAUUGGUUCAAUAACAGUAACAGCAGCAAUAAUAAAUUUUUUAAUAAAUAUCAUUAUUAUAAAAAUAAUAAUAAUAAAAAAAAUAAUAAUAAUCAAUUAUUAUAUAUAACUUGUAUUUCAUGACAAAUAGUCAAACGAAUGUCAAAAUUUAUUCUUACAAUGUGAAUUUAUUGAAAAUGGAAAGAAAAAUUAAAGAAAACGGGACAAAUAAAAAUGCAAAAUUAAAAUUUAAUAAUUCGUUAUUUGAAUUACAAAAACAAAUUUUUUAAAUGAAACCAACUCAAAUGUAAGUAUGCCAAAAUCCAACAAUGGAACUACAUUUUCAUUACGACAGAAAUUGUAAAAAUAAUUUUGACAAGAAAGUUAUCGUAUAUUUUGGGCAGCUUUAAAAGAACUAUAGAAACUAACGUUACAUUUAAUUUUUUUUUUUAUGUUAAAAACCUAAAAUUUAAAAUGCAAAAUAAAAAUUUAAUAUCGAAGUACUAAAAAAAAGCCAACUACUAUUAAAAUUAUCUACUAAUACUAUAACUACGUACUACCACUAAUGUUAUACUC